GGAUCGGCCUGGUAGAAGAGGACGACCAGACUUCCGGCGGAAGUUUAAAUCCACGCACGGAUGUUUGGAUACAACCGUGACCCCUGCUGCCUCCGGGACUACAUUUCCCAUGGGCCAUAGCGCGGCAUCUUCUUGUCACAUGACUGGCGGUGACGUCACGUGUUUUUCGACAUGGCCGCUUCCGUCUCGAGUGAAGAUUUGAUCAACCUGCAGCUUCUGUUAAAGGCUCCGUCCAAAGAUGCAGUCAGAGACGUUUGUGUCCAGAGUCACAGAGACCCGGGACACCGGCUCACUGAAACCACGGCCACGACACUCAACAUCCCUACAGCCCAGGCUGCACAGCUCGUCCGCUCUCUCCACGCUCUCUCUCAUCACGUCCUCUUCAACAACCUCAGCUCUCCAGAGCAGAUCCUCGCUCUCUUCCCCGAGUCGUUUCACCCCAGUCUGAAGAACCUGAUCACAAAGAUCCUGCUGGAGAACAGUCCAACAUGGAGGACGGAGGCUGCGAGUGACCAGAGUGAGUUCAUGUCAUCCUGUGUGUGUGUGUGUGUGUUAGAAAAAUACCCUUUAAAGCUGCUUCACAUAGAAGAAGGAUCAUUCAGCUACUUUCACAUUUGA